AUGGACGUCUUUAACGUUAAGAACCUAAGGAGUUUACGUAGCAAUGCCGUACGCCUCCGCCAGGAGAUAGAUUAUGUGAAAGCCAUGGGAGAUUAUAUUAAGACUCAGUUAAGUGGGCAAGGUCGACAGCCUAAGGGAGUCGUGAGGAAUUGGCUCAACACACAAGAGCGAAUCGUCAAAUCUGCUGAAGAGGUGUUUCAACAGUACGAAAAGAGCAAGGACCGUCGCUUGUGUGGAUGCUGCCCUCACUGUUUGCUUAUCCCAGAAUCCAGUCGAGAAGUCCUUAAUUCUCGAGGGGAGAUAGAUAAGCUUCUGAAGACAAAAGAUUCACAUUUCCCCAAGAAUGGAGAGCUCGGGGAGCCUCUAUGGAUGCUGGUACAGCCCAUGGAGAACGAGCUCGUUGGCAAAUUUGUUCACGAGAAGCUGGAGGAGCUGGAGACGUGGCUGCUGAAAGAUGAUUCUGUUCGUGUUGUUGGAGUCUAUGGAAUGCCCGGCGUGGGAAAAACGUUCAUGCUCAAACACAUCAACAAUAACGAAAAAGUAGUCAAUUUCUUUAAGCUUGUAAUUUGGGUUACUGUGUCCAGAGACUCCGAUAUAUCUGAUCUCCAGAGGCGCAUUUGUGAGAGAAUUGAAUUGCCUUGGCGAUCCAAUUCGAGCAUUGACGAAGCCGAAGGGUUCUUGCAUUCGGUUUUCAAGGAGAAGCCACUGCUGCUCAUUUUGGACGAUGUGUGGAAAAGAAUAGAUGUUUCCACAUUGGGAAUUUCUCCUCUUGGUAAUAAAAUAAAAAUUGUACUGGCUUCUAGAGAUAAAGAGAUGUGCAGGAGCAUGAAAGCAGACAAGAUGAUUGCAAUGAAGCAACUGUCGGAGGAAGAUGGUUGGGAGCUUUUCUGCAGAGGAGCUUUCCCAGCCGGCGAGGAUCAGAAUAUGGAUAGCGAGAUUGAGCCCUUGGCCAGAAGCAUUGCAAGGGAAUGUAAAGGACAUCCCCUAGCCAUUAAGACGCUUGCUCGGGCAGUGCCGGAUCUUCAGAACAGUACGCCGUCCGAAUGGGUAUAUGUUCUCAAGCAGCUAAAGGCGAUCGAUCCAGAGUUUUAUCGUAUUCAUCGAGAGAUUGUGGAGGAAUUAUUCAAGCGGCUGAAGCAGAGCUACGAUGCUCUGGAAUCGGAUGAGCUCAGGCUUUGUUUCCUGUACUUGGCCGCCUAUAGAGAAGACGAGGAAAUCGACGCGGAUGAAUUGAUACAAUUGUGGCUGGCUGAGGGCCUGGUGAAAAGCAGAGAAGUGGGGCGCCACGGUUUUCUCGGGACCUUGGCGAACCAAUGUUUGGUUGAGAUUGAGGUUACAGAGGCAAAAGGGCAUCAAAUAUGGAAAGUGAAAAUCCACGAUGUGCUCAGAGAUAUGGCGGUACACGUCGCUGAGGUCGACAAAAAUAUCCUGUUCCGUGCAGGGCAGAGUUUAACAGAGUUUCCAAAGUCUGCAAGCGCAACAUCGGUAAGGAUAUCACUGAUGCAUAACCGCAUCAGAAUUCUUCCUGAAAGUGUUGAUUGCGAGAAGUUAGUGACUCUGUUGUUGAGCUGGAACACAGUUGAGGAGGUCCCAGAGAGCUUUCUGGAGAAGCUGAAUAUGUUGAAGGUGCUUGAUCUCAGCAACACGCCCAUCAAAUUCUUCCCAAAUUCCAUCCACCAACUGAAGCAUCUCCUCUAUCUGCAGCUUUCAAAUACCCAGAUUAAGGUAAUCCCUCAUCAAACAUUUGAGCUGAGUAGACUGCAGUUUAUAGAUCUUCCUUUUUCCUCUCUGAAGAAUAUUCCUUUCAUGAUAAAAAAGCUGAAAAGUCUCCAAACUCUUAAGUUAGCCCACUGUUAUGAUUUGGACUUCGUUUCACGCGACAUAUCACACCUUACUAGUUUGGAAGAGCUUGACUUGGAAGUCGACAAUGUUUGGAAAUUCACGGGAUGUAAGAGGAGGAGGAGAAUCAAGGGAGGCCUCAUUGCAAGACGUAUGCAAACUCCAUCGCCUCAAGCAUCUGCGUCUAAUCCUAAAAUCCCAAAUUGA